AUGAAGCUCAACGCAGUAGCUGCUGCUACGGCUCUUGUUGGCUCCGUAGCCGCAGCCAAGAAUGAACGAACAUUUGCUGUUCUUCGCUUUACGAACAAGCAACUCACCAAGGGUAGAGUAGAUCCUAUCGUCACUCCGGGUAAACCCUCGACGCACGUUCAUAACGUGCUUGGUGGCAGUGCUUUCGGCAUCAGCUCAACUGGCAAGGAUCUGAUGGAGUCGAAAUGUAGCACUGCCAUGAUCAAGGGUGACAAUAGCAACUAUUGGUUUCCUUCGCUUUACUUCAAAGAUCCCAAAACCGGCAAACUGGAAGACGUCGAAGUCUUUUACGCCAACGCCUACUACUUCUUUGAACCAACAAAUGAUGACAUCAAAGCCUUCCCAGUUGGCUUGUCUGUUGUCAGCGGAGAUCCCAAACUACGAGACCCGCCAAAGGGCGGCGCGUCUUCGAACCUCGACCCAUCCAGGGGCCCGGUCAAUCCCAUCAAGUACACUUGCCCUCGUUCCAACUUCAAUCCGCCAUCGUGGCCCUCAAACUCCAACGGCCUGAUGGCUGGUAUCCAGGACCCUAACAACAAGGGAGAAGGAGUCGGUUUCCCGGAUAUGAACUGUGAUGGUUAUGCAUCACCCCUGAGAGCAGACGUUCACUUCCCGUCAUGCUACAAUCCUGCCGCUGGGUUGACCAACUACAAAGAGAACAUGGCGUUUCCCAGUGACGCUGGAAAUGGGAAAUCAGACUGUCCUAAGGGAUGGAUUCAUGUGCCUCACCUCUUCCUGGAAGUCUACUGGAAUACUCCACUGUUUAAAGACCGAUGGACACAAGGAAAAGGCAAACAGCCUUUCGUUCUUUCCAACGGUGACGCCACUGGCUACAGUAACCAUGCAGACUUCAUGGCCGGCUGGGACGAAAAGCUCCUUCAGCACAUCAUCGACACAUGCAAUGCAGGCUCCCAGGGUAUGGACAAGUGCCCCGGUCUGUUCUAUGGUUUGAAUAAGGGCGAUUGCACCAUCCCUAACCCCGUUGAAGAGAAAAUCAACGGCGUUCUGGAUGUCCUGCCCGGAGACAACCCUAUUACUGGUUGGUCCUAUGGCGGAAACGGAACCUCACCGGGUGGCAAUGACCCUCAGCCCUCAAAGUCCCAGACAGGAGGAGGAGACAAUACCGUCAAACCCACCAGCACCAAGCCUCCUGGUGGCGAAAACACUAACAAGCCCUCCAACAAGCCGACUACAGAAGUGAAUAAGCCGACGACAGAUGGAAACAAGCCGACUUCGACCAAGAACCCUGGCAACACUGCCACCUCCAAACCCGCGGCAACGUCAGAUGUGACUGGUUCUAAGCCUACUCUGCCAACAGAACCAUCUAAAUGCACCCCCAAGGUUCAUACCGUCUACGAGACUGUCACCGUCACAGCGCAAAUGCCAGGCAUCACAAACCCACCUGUUUCCAAUUCAACACGCACUGCAGGUGGUUUCACCUAUGCCGGCUGCUUCAAGGAUUCUAGCAACCGGGCUCUUAACGGCGAGAUCCGUCCCAACUUGGGCGCCAUGAGCAACGAGAAAUGUGUGAAACACUGUAGCGCUGCCGGGUAUGCUCUUGCUGGUACUGAGUAUGGCGGUCAGUGCUACUGCGGUAACGAACUCGUUGGAUCCCAGAAGCUUGACGACUCUACCUGCAAUGUCGCCUGUGAGGGUGACAAAUCAGACGUUUGUGGAGGAGGCUGGGCACUCAGCGUGUACAGCAAGGACGGUGAAGCUAGCUUGAAAGGCGCGAAGGGUCGUAGAUAUGUCCAUGAGCACCUUCAGAGGCACCGCAGCCCUCAUUAUUAG